CACGCUUUAUAAAGAAGUAGCUGCCCGGCCCGGGGACUCGGGACUGCCCCAGCCUCCUGUCCCCCUGCUGCCAGCUCCGGUCACCAUGGGAGCUCCCCGCCUCAGCGCCUGCCACAUCCUCCAGGGGCUGUGUGUCUUGCUGAUUCUGUUGGAAGAUGGACCCCAGAGCACCAGGGCCUCUGCGUGUCCCCAGAAGUGCCCUCCAGACUCCUCAUGUAUCAAUGGCACUGCCUGUCGCUGUAACCCAGGAUUCCAAUCUUCAUCUGGAAAGACUGAAGUCAGCCGAAGGGAUAUUUGUGAAGACAUUGACGAAUGUAAACAACCCGCAAAAGUAACCUGUGGAAACCCCGCAGACUGCCAUAACACGAAGGGGGGCUUCUACUGCACAUGCAGCCCCGGAUACAGCCUUCUUUCUGGGGAAACAAAGUUCCGUAAUGCGAGUGAGAACACGUGCCAAGACAUGGACGAAUGUCAGUGGAACCCUGGAAUCUGCAAAAGUCGCAGCAUCUGUGUCAACACCCAUGGCAGCUACACCUGCACGUGCCUGCCAGGAUUUGAGCUGAACCCGGAGGACCCGAAGCUGUGCAGAGAUGUGAAUGAAUGCACCUCAGGGCAAAAGCCCUGCCACAAAACCACCCACUGCGUCAACAAAGUGGGCAGCUAUCGGUGCCACUGCCGCCCUGGCUGGAAGCCGGUUCCUGGGUCCCCCAAUGGCCCAAACAACACCGUCUGUGAAGAUGUGGAUGAAUGCACCUCGGGGCAGAACGCCUGCCACCCAACCGCCCAAUGCCACAACACCGUGGGCAGCUAUGAGUGCCGCUGCCGCCCUGGCUGGAAGCCGGUUCCUGGGUCCCCCAAUGGCCCAAACAACACCGUCUGUGAACAAGAGAUCCCCUUCCCCACCUGGACCCUGCCCCAUGGAAUCAAGAGCCAGACUCUCUCCAACUUCUUUGAAAAAGCCCAGGAACUGGGCCGAGACUUCAAGCCUGCCUCCCCCCGCGAUACCAUCCAGAAAUUCAUGGACCGAUUGGAAGAGCUGAGACGUCCUGGGGACUUGGAGGGCCUGGCCCUGACUGAGCGGUACCGCGUGGCCACGUUCCUGCUCUCAAACGUUGAAGAAUUCCUGAGGACCCUGGCCACGGCCUUGCCUGCAGGCUCCUUCACCCACCAUUCCCCUUCGGACAAAGAGCUGUCCCUGAUGAUCAAGGAGCAAUGGAAUGAAACCGACACCCUGGGCCAGACCCAAGCACGAAUGAAGCUGAACUGGACUCAGGCAGCUGGAGCCGGGGACUCAGGCCCCACUGUGGCAGGCAUAUUCUCCAGCCGAGCGAUGUGUAAACUGCUGAUCAAUGCCUCCGUGGAGCUGGAGCCUGAGAAGAAAGCCGAGCUGGAAGACAAAUAUGAAAGUUCUGUCAAAGGUGCUCACUCCACGGUCCUAUCCACCGUCAACACGGUCUUUCUGAGCAACAGGGACACGAAGAAACUGGACCCUCCUGUCAUCUUCGCCUUCACCCACCAGCUGCAAACGCCCAAGUCACAUGAGGAGCUCAUCUGUGCCUUCUGGAAGGGGAACGCCAGUGGUGGGUCCUGGUCCACCACAGGCUGCAGGAAGCUGGGCAGCAGUGAGAACAGCAUCACCUGCGAAUGCAGCCACCUGAGCAGUUUUGCCAUCCUCAUGGCCCACUAUGAAGUGGAGGACCCGACCCUGACCCUGAUCACCAAACUGGGUCUGGCACUGUCGCUGGUCUGCCUGCUGCUGUGCAUCCUCACCUUCCUGCUGGUGCGGCCCAUCCAGGGCUCACGCACCACUAUGCACCUGCACCUCUGCAUCUGCCUCUUCCUGGGCUCUGCCAUAUUCCUGGCGGGCAUAGAGAACCAAGGAGGCCAGGUGGGGCUGCGCUGCCGCCUGGUGGCCGGGCUGCUGCACUACUGCUUCCUGGCUGCCUUCUGCUGGAUGAGCCUAGAGGGCCUGGAGCUCUACUUCCUGGUGGUGCGUGUAUUCCAGGGUCAGGGCCUGAGCAAGCCCUGGCUCUACCUGAUCGGCUACGGCGUUCCCUUCCUCAUCGUGGCCAUCUCUGCGGGCGUCCGGCCCGAUGGCUACGGCCGCAAAACCUGCUGCUGGCUGAAACUGGAGCGUGGCUUCCUCUGGAGCUUCGUGGGACCUGUGGCGUUCAUCAUUUUGUGCAAUGCUGUCAUCUUCGUGAUCACUGUCUGGAAGCUCACCCAGAAGUUCUCUGAGAUCAACCCAGACAUGAAGAAAUUGAAGAAGAACAGGGUGCUGACCAUCACGGCCAUCGCACAGCUCGUGGUGUUGGGCUGCACGUGGGUCUUCGGCCUGUUCAUCUUCGACCCAAGGAACCUGGUGCUGAUGUAUGCCUUUACCAUCCUCAACUGCUUGCAGGGCUUCUUCCUCUUCCUGCUGCACUGCCUGCUCAACAAAAAGGUGAGGGAGGAGUACCAGAAGUGGGCCCGCAUGGUCACUGGGAAUAAGUACUCGGACUUUGCCACGUCGACAUCCAGCUCCAGCAACAACCAGACCAGGGUCCUCAGGCCGUCGGAGUCUGGCAUGUGACUCCGAGGUUUUGGCCAGGCCAGCAGCUCCUGUGGCCGCAGCAGCUUUUGCACAUACUGAAGACUGUCCCCUCCUCUCCUACCACCCUGCUCCCUCGUUUCCUGCCCCAGAGAAGGGGCGUCAACAGUUGUUCUCUGGUGCCAAACCAGGAACAGUCAGGGUGGAGUCGGAUCUGAUGGACCUGCUUCUGGCUGCCUCUGCUGCACCCCAGCUGGGACCCAGGGUGGGCAGGAGCUGGACAGGCUGAGGCCCUUGCCCUGGUACCCAACACCCGGACAGGCAAGGCUCCUAGCCUCCCACUCAUCUGUCUUUGCUGCAAAACAAGAGGCCAGCGUGCUCGGGUUCUACCUUCCUGUUAAGCUAAGACUGAGGGCAUGGGUGGGAGAAGGGCAGGGCCCCUUCAGGCCCUGCAGCUCACGGUACGAGGCCGGUCUGCCUCCAGGACAGAGGGUUCUCACUGUUCUGAAGUUGUGGAUGUUAUGUAACGUUGUUGUUUUUUAUUUGUUUUUUUUAAAUCUGUAUAAAGUUUUCUAUGUCGACACUGAAGAUGCUAGUUCAGGAGGUGGCUUUGCUGGCUGGGCGCUCACUGACCAGGCCCACUAUGUCUGUGAAAUGUGAAGAGACCAGUAAGAAAGAAAUGGGCGGGAGCCAGGCUUCCUUAAUAAAAAUUUAUUCUUACACAAA